CUCCAAGAUAUUUUGCAUCAAGGCGCCCAAGCAUAAAGAUGAGUGUGAAUCAAUGGCUGCGUCGUCGAGAGAGCGGCUUGCGCUUCAGUUUGGAAGACAACAACUUUAUUUUGCAGCGCAUAUACAGCUCCAUUAACAUGUUCAACAGUUACCAUGCAAACUGCAAGCGCACAGAAACUCAAAAUGGGGCUAUUUUCAAUUUGGAGUUCAAUGCCGAAGGUAAUGUGGUGGUCGCAGCUUGCCAACGAAAUUCGGUGUUGGUGUUCGAUGCCAUUACUCAAAGCGAAGUUUUCAAAAUACCUGACGCACACACGGACAGUGUCAACUGCAUAAAGUUCUUUGACGAACGCCUGUUUGCAACAGGGUCCGACGAUUUCACUGUGGCCUUGUGGGAUCUGCGCAACAUGAAGCAGAAAAUGCGUGUACUGCAUGGUCAUUCCAACUGGGUGAAGAACAUCGAGUAUUCGUCCAAGGACAAACUGCUCGUUUCCUCUGGGUUUGACGGCAGCAUUUUUACUUGGGAUAUUAAAUCACAAACGGAGCAGGGGUUAAUCUCGCAGAGAGUAUUCCAUGCCAGCGGACUGAUGCGUUGCCGUAUAUCACCCAAUAGUGAAAAGUUAGUACUCUGUACCAGCGGGGGAUACAUAAUGAUUGUACAUCAUUUGGAUUUGACGACAUUACAUAGGGAUCUGUGCGGCUUUAGGCCUAACAUCUAUCGGCUGAUGCAGCUAGGUGAUCAGUACAUACCACAGGCCGCCAAGUACGAUCACGUGUUCUCCAAGAGACAGAAGAAGAAUCGAGUAGAACUGGUCACAGACUUUCCGGAACAAAACGAUGCCGAGAUGAUAAUGGCACUACAGAUACACCCACAAUGUCGUUGUAUGCUGACUCGAAACGUAAGCUGUGAUGAGCAGACCGAAUGGACUUGUGUACACAAUAUUAACGAGGAGCCAUAUCAUACCGAUGAUGAAAGCUCCGACGAUGAGCCACAGCCAAAAAAGCGCAUGCUCAUUCCCAACAACGGCAGCACAAGCGACAAUGAGCAGGAGGAGACUGAAAGUAGCGUCUCCCAUACGCAUACACGCGGACGUGGCCGACUGCAGGUCUUCCAGCUCGAGAAUGCGCGUGCGCAUAGUCGACUAUCAGCUACAGCUCCACUAGCGAACGCGCGUCCCGACAGCUUUAUACCAGACAUUUGGGCUGCCGAGGUGACGGUGCAGGAGCGUGCCAUACGUCAAAGUCGGGCACGCAACUCUACCAACCAUGUCAGCGGCUACAACUUUGUCUAUGCCAUCAGCAGUGGCGUCUUGCCUUUACUCCCGAAUAGGACCAAUCGCAUGGCAGGAUCUGCCAGAACACGCACAGCCUCUAGCUCAGACCAACGUAUCCUAACGUCGCCCCCUGAAGGAGGAAUGAAUAGCAGUAGCCGUAGUAGCAGCAGUAGUAGUAGUAGCAGCAUUAGCAGCACCGACGCCACAUUAGGCCUUGAUAUCAGUCCUCCUCACCUUCGACUUCGUCCACUUAUUGCCGCAUCUACGACGGCAGCUAGCAAAGAGAACAGUCAUCCCAUUUUGGUGAAUGCAAAAAAAUUACUUUAUUAUGCAUCCGAAACGAAUAACAAACCUGGCUUCAUUAAGGAGCCAGGCUUCUCGGCGGAUGGACGCAUAAUCUGUUCGCCGUAUGGCAAUGGCGUGCGACUGUUGGGCUAUCAAGCAGACUGCAGCGACUAUCCAAGUCACCAGCUAUUCGAGGAAGUGAAGCGUAGUCCGCGAAAGUUGGUUGAGAUUGCCAAGGUGACGGAGCAUCAAGAUGUUGUGCUAUGCGCAAAGUUUAGUCCACGUGAGCCGUUACUUGUGUCCGGUUGCAAUGGUGGGGAAGUGACUUGGUAUCGUCCACACUUGUAAGCGUUCCUACUUAAACGAUAAACUCUGAAAAAGGGUUCAACUCCACUCGGUAGCAGUGGUUUGUGCCCUCAGCUCUGAAAGUGUUCGAUUAGCCAAAUGACUUGCUUGUUGUAAAGUGAAAGAACUGUAGUAAUUUUGUUUAUUUUAUUCAUUAUAAUAGUGUGGUUGCACAUGAGUGUGAGGCAUGGAGAGCAGCCGCUGCGGGCGUGCGUCUGAAUAUAUAUUAAAAUAUAUAUGUAUAAGAUAUACAAUUUAUAAAUGUGUAAUUAUAAACGAUAGCAUCAUCAUAAAAAAUACAAAUAGUUGUUUACAUCAAAA